AACUUCUGAAGUGGAAUGGAUGGGGAUAUAAUGACUCCAAAUUCAUCUUCAAUAAGAAGGGUCAAGCAGAAUUCACAGGAAAAAGGUACAGAUUAGGUGGUAUGGUAUUACCAACUUUUAAGGAAUGGAUAGAAAAAACCUUUGGAGCAAGUCUGGAGCACAAAACUACCUCUAGAGCAUCCUUAAAUGUUAAUGAUGUACCUCCAUCCAUUGUAAAUGAAGAAUUUCUUCAGGAUCUUAGAGCCACUAAAAUCUCAUAUUCACAGGAUGCAGAAGAUAGGGUAUUCAGAGCUCAUGGUCACUGCCUACAUGAGAUAUUUGUACUCAGGGAAGGAAUGUUUAAGCGAAUUCCUGAUAUAGUUGUAUGGCCUGUUUGCCAUGAAGAUGUAGUUAAAAUUGUGGAAUUAGCCUGCAAACACAAUAUCUGCAUAAUACCAUUUGGUGGAGGGACGAGUGUAUCUAGUGCCCUUGAAUGUCCUGAAGAAGAAAAAAGAACAAUUGUCUCACUGGAUACAUCACAAAUGAAUCGGAUUCUCUGGAUAGAUGAGAAAAACUUAACAGCUUGUGUGGAAGCUGGCAUUGUUGGACAAGAUCUGGAAAAACAGCUUGCUGAAAGUGGCUUCUGUACAGGCCAUGAACCAGACUCCAUGGAGUUCAGUUCACUAGGAGGAUGGGUAGCGACACGAGCAUCAGGCAUGAAGAAAAACAUCUAUGGAAACAUUGAAGAUCUGGUGAUUCAUAUAAAAAUGGUAACUCCUAGAGGAAUAGUAGAAAAAAACUGUCAAGUACCUCGCAUGUCAACAGGACCUGAUAUCCAUCACUUCAUUAUGGGAUCUGAAGGAACUCUUGGAGUGGUUACUGAAGUUACAAUAAAGAUUCGCCCAGUCCCUGAAUACCAGAAGUAUGGCUCUGUGGUCUUCCCCAACUUUGAACGAGGGGUGGCCUGCUUAAGGGAAGUGGCAAAGCAGAGAUGUGCUCCAGCAUCAAUUCGCCUUGUCGACAAUGCACAGUUUCAGUUUGGUCAUGCUCUUAAACCACAAGUUGCUUCCAUUUUUACGUCAUUUUUGGAUGGACUGAAAAAAUUCUACAUCACAAAGUUUAAAGGAUUUGAUCCCAACAUACUGUGUGUAGCUACCUUGCUCUUUGAGGGUGACAGAGAGAAGGUUCUUCAGCAUGAGAAGCAAGUCUAUGAUAUUGCCACCAAGUUUGGUGGCUUGGCAGCAGGAGAAGAUAAUGGACAGAGAGGAUAUAUGCUGACAUUUGUCAUCGCUUACAUUCGGGACCUGGGCCUGGAUUACUAUGUAAUAGGAGAAUCAUUUGAGACAUCUGUUCCUUGGGAUAGGGUUUUGGACCUUUGUAGGAAUGUCAAGGAAAGGAUAGUAAGAGAAUGCAAAGAAAGGGGCGUUCAGUUUGCUCCUCUUUCCACCUGCAGGGUGACACAGACUUAUGAUGCAGGUGCAUGUGUCUACUUCUACUUUGCCUUUAACUACAGAGGAAUUAGUGAUCCUAUUCAUGUCUAUGAACAAAUUGAGAGGGCUGCUAGAGAAGAAAUACUUGCCAAUGGAGGAAGUCUGUCACAUCACCAUGGAGUAGGCAAAUUGCGGAAGCACUGGAUGAAGGAGAGCAUCUCUGAUGUUGGCCUGGGAAUGCUGAGAUCUGUUAAAGAAUAUGUGGACCCCAAUAACAUCUUUGGAAACAAAAAUCUUUUAUAAAGCCCUGCACAAUAUGAUGUACUAAAACUUCUUCAAAAUUACUGUUGAAAUUCCUCCACUUUCAUUGUAUUGAUAUCCCAGUAAUCAAAUAUAACAUAGACUAAACUUUAAAAACUAGUAACUUACGUUGAUUUUUGCUGCCCCCUCCCCCCAAUAAAGUGUAAACAUCACUGUUAAUGUUUAUGGAUUUUUACUUACAAUGCUCUUAAACUCUUAAACAAUCCACUGGGCACAAAGUGUAUUACCAACCAGGAAAUGCAAAUUUGGUUUUCGAUGUUUGGUUAGGCAACACAGCUGACAGUAUUUUCAAUGCUGGAUACUGCCAGAUGUUUCUUACUAAAGUGUCCCCUGCAAGGAGAACAAAGACUGACAACAGUGUUUUCUACAGAAGCAGCUGCUCAACCCAGCCUCUUGCUAAAGGAAAGCUGCUAGGAGACAGAUGAGAGAACACCAAGGAGUACUUCACUGUGCUGAAGGAUUAAGUAUGUAACAGACUUGUAACCAGCAAAUACUUAGAGUACAAAUGCAGGCUUUGAUCAAAAGAGACAAUGUAAGUCAAACUAAUUCUGAAAACUCAGUAGUCUCCCACCAUAGUACUAUUGGAAAAUCUUACACAACUGAGCUGUUCUGAGUUGUAUUUGCAUUGCUGGGAUAAUCUUAAAUUAAUUGUAGGUCAGUCACUAGAAGUUUUGUACAAUGGACAUUUCUCACUGUAUGUUGAAAACAGGUUUGUAACAAAACUUUGCCUUCAUCUGUACUUCAGUCCUAGUGUGUAUGGGUUUUGCUCCUGUUUUGUUUGUUUUGCAGAGAUGCAAAAUAUCUUUUUUCAGUUAAAAAAAAAAGAAUUUUGGCUAUUCAAAUGAAACUGCCCAGCACUGUCUUUUGAAACAGUCUCAACAGUUUAAUAAAACAGUUAAGUGGA